AUGGCACCAGUCACCGACGCAGUUGAUCAAUACACGUCAUCUGUUGUAAAAUCGUGUGGUAGAUGCCGCACCAGAAAAGUCAAAUGCUCUGCCUGUGCAAGACACAAUGAAACGUGUAACAUCACUGAUUAUGUCGCUUACCCAUAUUCCGUAGUGGAGAAACUCCACGCGCGAGUGCAAGAGCUAGAGCAGAGAUUACUUGGGCUCAGAUCGACAAGCCCGGCUGCCAAUGCCGCAGAGCCAAUUCAACCGUCUACGAUUAAUCCACUGGGUCAACAGAGCACGACGAACCGACUCUUGUGGUCAGCGGAUGUUACCAAGGAGGCCGAAGAAGUUGGCGUUUUAGCUAUUGGGUUCCAGGAUCCGUACUCACACACGAAAUAUGGUUAG